GGCGGUGGUUUUGGGUGAGUUUCAGACGACCUUUGAGCUUGAGAGAGCGAUUCCGCUCAGUCACCAACUCGACCUGAGCCAACUCAGAGCGCGUGACGCGGCCAGGCACGGUAGGCUGUUGCAAUCCUCCGGUGGAGUCGUGGAUUUCAUGGUUGCUGGGACCUACGAUCCAUUUCUUGUUGGGCUUUAUUACACAGAAGUGCAACUGGGUUCUCCUCCACAGACAUUCUAUGUACAGAUUGACACGGGGAGUGAUGUUUUAUGGGUCGGUUGCAGCUCCUGCAGUGGUUGCCCACAAACAAGUGGACUUAAAAUUCAGCUAAAUUCCUUUAAUCCAGCGAGCUCAUCAACAGCUUCAUCAGUACCUUGUUCUGACCAAAGAUGCAGUUCAGGAAUACAAUCAGCAGAUUCUGUCUGUUCAUCCCAGAGCAAUCAGUGCAGUUACGCAUUCCAGUAUGGAGAUGGCAGUGGGACAUCAGGCUAUUAUGUCUCGGAUUUGUUGCACUUGAAUAUAAUUCUUCAGGGCUCUGUCACUACAAAUUCUACAGCAAACAUUAUGUUUGGAUGUAGUACCGUACAGACUGGUGACUUGACGAAGUCAGAUAGAGCAGUGGAUGGGAUCUUUGGGUUUGGGCAGCAGAGUUUGUCGGUUGUCUCUCAGCUUGCUUCGCAAGGAGUUGCACCCAAAGUAUUUUCCCACUGUUUGAAAGGGGAUAGUAGUGGGGGAGGUAUACUGGUUCUUGGACAGAUUGAGGAGCCGAAUAUAGUUUAUACCUCACUUGUCCCAUCGCAGCCCCAUUAUAAUCUCAAUCUACAAAGCAUCUCUGUCAAUGGUCAACAGUUGGCAAUUGAUUCAUCAGUUUUUGCAACAUCAAGCAACACAGGAACAAUAGUUGAUUCUGGGACAACUCUGGCAUACCUUGCAGAAACAGCUUAUGAUGCCUUUGUCAACGCUAUCACAAGCAGUGUUUCACAAUCUGCACGUAGUGUCGUCUCCAAGGGAACCCAAUGCUAUUUAAUAACCUCCAGUGUCACUGAAGUUUUUCCUCAAGUUAGUCUGAACUUUGCUGAUGGAGCAUCCAUGAUUUUAUACCCUCAGGAUUAUCUUCUACAGCAGAACUCAAUAGGUGAUGCUGCAGUAUGGUGCAUUGGCUUUCAGAAAAUUUCAGGGCAAGGGAUAACGAUUUUGGGAGAUCUCGUUUUGAAGGACAAAAUCGUUGUCUAUGAUCUUGCCAACCAACAACUUGGAUGGGUAAACUAUGACUGUUCACAGCCAGUUAAUGUGUCGACAGCUACCAGUAACGGUAAAAGUGAAUAUGUCAAUGCAGGACAGUUGAGUAACAGUUCACCACAAAACACACCGAGGAGCUCAAUAACUUCCUUUAUAAACAUAUUUAUGCUUCUUGUUGUACUAUUUUUGUAGCAGAUAUACAAUGCAAGAGGUUUUGAACUCGAUCUUUCCCAUCGUAUAUUCCCCCGCUGAUUUUGUGUUUACAGAAAUCAGCAUACAAUCAUCAUGCUUUAUUAUUAUUAUUAUUAUUUAUACUGCAGCCUGUGGCUGCUCGGUGUCCAUGUAGAUCACGCGACACAGAUUCUUCAUAGAGUAUAUCAUCAUCAGCCAUGGAGGAUUACAGUUACUUUGGUUUAGGGUCAUUUUCCUGAUAGCACUGUAAAUUACAUUCAUACACACGGGUCCUUUGGUUUUAAUGACAUAUCUAUUGAUUUACAGGAACUUCUGCUUGUUUCUUUCACUGCCUCUUAACUUAGUCUAUAUUUUUAGAUUUUAUCUUGUAUCAAAUCAUUCAUCUUAGCUUUAAUUUUCUUUCAAUAAAAUUUUUUUUUAGUA